AUGCCCGAGACGCGGAUGAGCUCUGAUGAAGGACGAGGUGAGUUCACCUCGGGCUUGAAGGAUGGCCGAGGAAGAAAAUGGCUGCUGAAAGAGGGUGGUGAGCAGAGGCAAAACGAGAGAGCAAAGGGCCAUAUCAAGUGGUUCAAUGACCAGAAAGGCUCUGGAUUCAUCACUCCUACUGACGAAGGUAAAUAUUUGUUCGUCCACCACUCUGGGAUUAAGGCCGGCAGUGGAGGGUUUCGCAGUCUGGGCGAGUAUGAAAUCAUCAAGUUUGAAGUGGAGCAAGGUGGUGAUGGCCGUACCAAGGCCAUUGAUAUCACUGACCCAGAUGAGGGACCUGUUCAGGGAGGAAAUGAGCAACGGACGGAGGAGAAGAAGCUAGGGAGAAUAGAGGGAGAGCUUUUGGAGAAAAACAGAGGAGGCUACGGCUAA